AUGGAAGCCAAAAAGGUCAUCGAUAAUGUCCAGGGCAUCAACGGUGGCCAGACGACGAACGGCACUCUCCGUCUGACAGACUACCACUUGGUGUUUUGCGCGCCCAUUAACCCUCCCGCCGACUCGUCCGAGACGACGCCCGCUGCGCCGCCGAAGCUGCGGGAGCGAUGGCUCACAUAUCCAAUCUUUAGUCACUGCACCUUCCGGCCGACACCCUCGGGCUCUAGACAGGCUUCCUCGAUCCGGAUCCGCUGCCGGGACUUUACUUUUGUCACGUUCAAUUUUGCCAGCAGCGAAGCGGCCAGGGAGGUCUUUGAGUUUAUCAAAGUCCGGACCUGCAAGCUUGGUACCGUGGAGAGGCUUUUCGCCUUUUCGCACAAGCCUCUCAAGAAUGAGCGCGAGGUCAAUGGCUGGCACUUUUAUGACCCAAAGGCCGAGUUUCGGCGGCAGGGCAUCAGCGAGAAGCUGCCUGACAAGGGUUGGAGAGUAACGCACGUCAACAAAGACUACACAUUCUGCGAUACAUAUCCAGCCUUCUUGGUUGUGCCAUCCAAGAUAUCGGAUAAUGUCCUGAAAUACGCCAAGGAUUUUCGCUCGAGAUGCCGCAUACCGACUCUGUCAUAUAUCCAUCCUGUCAACAACUGCACAAUUACAAGAAGCUCUCAGCCGUUGGCCGGGAUUACGAGAAAGACAAAUGUGCAGGAUGAAAAGCUAGUCGCGGCGUCAUUCUCCGCAUCUAUGCCUGGGGGCUCGGAGGGCGGUACGCCCAUGUCUAGUCAGCUAGAUAUAUCGAGUGCCGGCUCAAGCCCGGGUCCAGAGCUGACCGAAACCGAUAAGUUCGAGGAUGACAUGAUUGCGCAGUCUAUGGCAAUAUACGACAAUAAGACUGGAAAGAGACUUGUCUACGGUGCCCAGCAAAGCAACUUGAUCGUCGAUGCUCGGCCAACAAUCAAUGCCGUUUUGAACCAGGUCCAAGGCAUGGGUUCAGAGAACAUGGACAAGUACAAGUUUGCGACCAAGAUUUUCCUUAGCAUUGAGAAUAUCCACGUCAUGCGCAACUCCCUCAAUAAGGUGGUCGAAGCCUUGAAAGACGCCGACAUUUCUCCUUUACCUCCAAACAGAGAAAUUCUGCACCAAAGCAACUGGCUCAAGCACGUACACAGCGUCCUCGCUGGUUCCGCCCUCAUCACUCGCCAGAUCGGUAUCAAGCACUCGCACGUGCUGAUUCACUGCUCUGAUGGCUGGGACCGUACAAGUCAGCUGAGCGCGCUUUCACAAAUCAUGCUCGAUCCAUACUACCGAACAAUGGAAGGCUUCAUUGUACUUGUCGAAAAAGACUGGUUAUCUUUCGGUCACAUGUUUAGGCUGCGCUCGGGGCAUUUGAAUCACGAGGAUUGGUUUACGAUGCAGCGCGACGCCUUUGCUGGCACCAAAGUGCAUCCGGGCGAUAAUGAUGGCCGCAACGACGCUUUUCAAAACGUAUUUAGUGGCGCAAAACGCUUCUUCAACCAGAACAAGGACGAAGAUGAGCCGGACGCUGCUAGCGAAACGGCGUCCGGCAAAGUAGUCAAUGAAGAGGCUACUACACCAAAGAUGGUCAGCCCAGUCUUUCACCAGUUCUUGGACUGCACCUACCAACUCAUGCGGCACCACAAGGACCGAUUUGAGUAUAAUGAGAGGUUCUUACGGCGCUUACUAUACCACCUUUAUUCUUGCCAGUAUGGUACAUUUCUGUACAACUCGGAAAAGCAGCGCGUCGAUGCCAAGGUUAUGGAGCGGACCUCCUCUGUCUGGGACUACUUCCUAUGUCGAAAACAAGAAUUUACCAAUCCAACUUAUGACCCCACCGUGGAUGACCACGUCAAAGGCAAGGAACGAAUUAUCCUUCCAGACCUCAAUGAUAUUCGAUGGUGGUAUCAAGUAUUCGGCCGUACCGACGAUGAGAUGAACGCCGCCCUUGACGCUACCGCUCUGAGUGAGAGCGAGCGACAGGCAGCCAUCUCCCGCCUACACGGUUCGGGGACUGCUUCGCCGAGCUCCAAGCCUCCGAGUCUCGGGACGAGUCAAUCGGUAUUGACUGGGGUAGAAACUGCGCACCAGACUCUUACGCCACCUACGGAUCCCUCUCUGAGGCGCAGUGCCUCCGCCGAAGCUGUGGGGGGGAGCGCAGGUUCAAGCGCAGGCGCCUUUGCCGCCAUUCGCGACGGCAUCGCAAAUAUAAACAUCAAGAAAGGUGUCUUCUCAACGGCGGUGCCGGCAGAGCAGGCAGGCUCGCCCUUGGCCAAGGCCAAACCCGAACAAGAAAUGCAGGAGAUGACAUAG